AUGUUCAUUUAUGGUAGAACCUUCCCGCUUACCCUUUUAUUGGGUAUUACUACAUACAUUCAUAAGUCCACAUGUUAUAGGGAUGACUCAAAUGAUUCAGAUGGCAUAUUCCAUCAGACGCCCGUUGCGGAAUCAAAUUUCUGGAACGAACAAAAAUAUGCAUCAUCCAAGGCCAAACUCAUAAAAUCUUUAGAACAAAAUGAUGAUGUUUCCGCGGACGGGCUAAAUGCAAUAGUCAAUGAUGACGAUGAUAACGAUGAUGACGAUGAUAACGAAGGUGACGAUUAUAACAAUGAUAACGAUGAUGAAUCUACGAAAGAGCUUAGUCAUUUCAUGCACAAGUACGGCUCCGAAGAAAUGCUUCCUCGAUCAAGACAAGGGAAAGGAUUCCAAAAUGAUUCCAAUUCAUGCAACAUUAGUAGUAAUUAUGAAGAAAUUACUCACGAAUCGAGCAGUUAUUAUAGUUUCGAAUGUUCUCUUUAUGAAUUAGAGAGUGAAAACCAUCGCAGGACAAAACCACUUAAUGCAAUAAAACGUAAUAAAUUUAAUAUCCAAAAAUCAGCUGAAGGGGAAGAAUACCAUAUUCCCAUUAAAAUAUCACGAAAUCCAUAUCAAAGAUCCCUAUUAGAUAUCAAAAGACAAGGUAAAUUGGAAGAAGCAAUGAAGGCCAGGUUGGAGCUCAAUAAGAUUAAUGAGCAUCGAAUUAUAAAGGGUUUAAAAGAAGAUCUUCCUAUGAUAGCACCACAAGAAUAUGAAAGAUUGCAAAAAUUGAAUUCUUCGUUAUAUACAGAUGAUAAUUUACUUUUUGAUUCUCUGGAGAAAGACGAGAAAUUCUUGUAUGACAAGUAUACAAUUUCAGAAGUUUUGGAAGAAGAGAAAACGGAAUCAUUACCACAGUCCAAUGAAAGUUCUCGAAUUGAGAAUGGAAGUGAAACUGAUAAUAAAGAAAAUAAGAAUGAAGGAGGAAAAGAAGAUACAAAGAAUUCUGUAGAAGAAAUCUUUGGUGAAAAUAAUAAAAAAGAUAUAUCUGAACGCGGUUACGAGGAUGAACAGAAUGAAUUAAAUGUAAAAACUGAUGAACAAGAACUAAAUGAAGAUAUCCUGGAUGAGAAACUAAUGAUUAAGAGAAAACCAAUCGAAGAAGAAUAA